AUGGCUACCACAAAGGACCCCAGUUCGGACAGAAACCUAACAUGGCAAAACCAGACAAAGGAAGAUCAUGAUGACCAAAAGGCCACGGUUGUGGAAACAAUAUUAAGCCGGCCUCAGUUUCCAGAUGAGAUUAUCUACCGAAUCAUUCAAGUCCUUCCUACCAAAUCUGCUGUCCGUAUGAGCUCUCUUUCUAAGAAAUUUGAAGGUGCAUGGCUCUCCCAACCUGUAUUAGACUUCGACGAAGGCAACCCCCACGAUGACACAACAGACAACAUCAUUCAGCACACAAAGUUCGUCAACAUCUUGGAUAAGUAUUUGGACUACUUCCAUGAAGAUGAGAAGAUAGUGACUACUAUGGUAGAUGAGGUAUUGAGUCUUGCAGUUCGAAGAAGCGUCAAAGAGUUGGACAUGAGCAUUGGAGGUGAUAAACAGGCAGCAUUGUACUGUUUAACCCUGAAGAACCCCCUAAGUUUGGCGAAAUCUAUAACUACCUUAAGUUUGGAGAAUGUGACGAUAGAUGCAGAAGAAUGCAAGUCUAUAAUCUUCCCGUCUUUGAUAACAAUGUCGCUCAAAACUAUGCGCCUCGGUUGCUCCUUGAUAUCUAGCUGCCCUUCCAUCGAGUAUUUGUCACUCUCUUCUUGUUCGAUGCGUGAUGGUUCGGCACCAUUCUUAGUUUCCAAUUCCAAUCUCAAAUCCUUGAAAGUUACGUACUGUGAUUUCCAACAUGUUGCAGUAGUGAAAACUAAUCUGCUAGAAUCUUUUACCUUUGUUUCGGAAUCUUACGUUAGGCUCAUCAGUUUAUCCGAGUGUAGAAACUUGAAAUCUUUAAGCAUCCUUGCACAACACCCGCAGUACCUUUAUAUUACUACAUGUGGACAUUCUGUGAAGGCCACAGUCAGUAGCCCCAGUCUACAUUAUAUUCAGUUUACUGGUUUUUCGAAGUACAAGCAUUCCAUAGAAGCUCAAAGUUUGGCUAGGGUAAAAAUUACUAUUCGUCACGAAGAGCUGAACGUCAACGAGCCAUGGGAACAUUCUUCUUUGCUGAGAUAUUUUCUUGAAAGCUUUGCUUCCUUCUCCGGAGAAAUAGUUCUAAAUAUUGAUCAUGUUCAAGCUCAGGCUCUCAUCUUUCCAGAAGAUUUUAGGAAUACUGUCUCUCCACCAUUGCCAAACCUGAAGCAUUUAAAGAUUAUCAUCAUGUCUCCAAUAUGGGCAGGAAAUUCUGAGUUGAUGGACUCAUUGACUUGGAUAGCACCUUCUGCAGAGAUCAAAGAAAUGUAA